GCGAAGUGGGGAGGGAGAAGGCGCGGUGGAGCGGAGUCCGGAGGAAACGCAAGGAGAGGAGAGGAGCAGAGGAGGCGAAGCUCUCGCCACGCGCUCGCGUGGACGACGAGAUGAUGGCCUUCGGCUCGCUGCUGCUCUCGCCGCCGCCGCCGCCGCCGCCGCCGCCGUCCCUCCCGCUACCGGCCAGACCCUCCGCCGCGUCGUACCUAGUCGCGGUACGCCGCCGCCGCCCGCCGGAGCCUCGCUGCCGCUCGCAGGAGAUGGCGUCCAGCGGCGGCGGAGGAAGCUCCGGGGGGCUCGGCUCUGAGGGGGAAUCCGCUGCGGCUUCUGCUAUCGGUUCCCUGGACCUCGACGGCGCUGCCGCGUCCUCGGACAACCGACCUGGGGAAACAUCUAGCAAUGGAGAUUCUGAGAGGUGGCAAACGAGACAACAUAGUACAGAUGAUAUUUCCAGGAGCAAGUCCAAGCCAAGAUACAUCAAAGCAUUUGGGGUAGAUUUGUCCGCCGAUAAUGUGGCUGUUGCUAUCGUUUAUUUCGUGCAAGGAGUUUUGGGUCUUGCGAGGCUUGCUGUGAGCUUUUACUUAAAAGAUGAUCUUCAUCUUGAUCCAGCAGAGACUGCAGUUAUAUCUGGUUUAUCAGCGUUGCCAUGGUUGGUCAAGCCGCUUUACGGUUUUAUCAGUGAUUCCAUCCCUCUCUUUGGAUAUCGAAGAAGGUCUUACCUUAUUCUAUCAGGACUCCUCGGAGCUCUUUCGUGGAGUUUGAUGGCAACAAUUGUGGAUGAUAAAUACAGUGCAGCACUCUCUAUUAUUCUUGGAUCUCUCGCAGUUGCCAUCGCUGAUGUUGUGGUUGACUCUAUGGUUGUUGAGAGAGCUCGUGGUGAACCACAGAGUACAUCUGGAUCUCUCCAGUCAUUGUGUUGGGGGUCAUCAGCCAUUGGAGGAGUUAUGAGUGCAUACUUCAGUGGUUCUCUAGUUGAUACUUAUGGCGUAAGAUUUGUCUUUGGUGUUACGGCAUUUUUGCCCCUCAUGACAUCUACUGUUGCAGUUCUUGUGAAUGAAAAGCGUUUGCCUUUGGGAGAAAAUGCUACCUCAUCUUCAGAUUCAGGGUUAAUUGAGAGCUCUAAGGAGCACAUUAUGCAGAUUUGGAGUUCAGUAAAGCAACCCAAUAUCUUCCUACCCACCUUGUUCAUAUUCCUUUGGCAAGCAACACCACAAUCAGAUUCUGCCAUGUUUUUCUUCAUCACAAAUAAGCUUGGAUUCACUCCAGAGUUUCUAGGGCGUGUCACGCUCGUUACAUCUAUUGCAUCCUUGGUCGGCAUAGGAGUAUAUAAUUCAUUUUUGAAGGAAGUUCCAUUGAGAAAAAUCUUUUUUGUGACUACAAUAUUUGGUUCUGCCCUUGGAAUGACACAGGUUCUUCUUGUCACUGGGCUCAAUCGAGUUCUUGGAAUCAGUGAUGAAUGGUUCUCCAUUGGUGAUUCCUUGAUUAUCACUGUCCUUGGUCAGGCUUCCUUUAUGCCCGUGUUGGUGCUGGCUGCAAAGCUCUGCCCUCCUGGAGUGGAAGCAACUUUGUUCGCCACUCUGAUGUCCAUUUCCAACGCUGGAGGCGUCACCGGUGGUCUGUUGGGGGCAGGCCUGACGCAGUUCUUGGGAGUCACCAAAGACAACUUCCAAAACCUUGCUCUUCUGAUUGUCGUGUGCAAUCUCAGCUCCCUGCUGCCUCUACCUCUUCUGGGCCUCCUCCCGGAUGAAUCACCCGGUGUAGAUAAUGAGCAAACAAAAGUCGAUUGAGAUUAUCUCCAAGCAUCGGUCCUACUUGAAUGCAGGACAUCCAAUCGCCUCUACGUGAACUCAGCGGCGCAGGGGAAUUGGGAAUCAGGCUGCAGCUGACCUUGGCCGUUGCAAUGUUGAUCACCCUACCGAAUAGUAUGUUUAGGGUGAUCAGUUGAUGAUUGGUUCCAUGGAGAUAUACGCCUCAUGGAUUAGCGGACUUGCCGCGGUUGUUAACUGGUGGUUAGGUCAGGAUUGUGUGCCGUCAGAGCAUGGACAUGGAAGCCGCAGUGUACACUAGUGCAGGUACGACCUUUUGUUCUUUACCAUGAAAAACGGCAGAAGAGUUUCCCGUGUAUUCUGCCACAUCCAACCGAUAGAAGUAGUAUCCAUGUUCUGAACUCUUAUCAAGUUAUUUGUACAUGCAAUGAAAUGUAGUGUAUACAGAGAUUGUACAUCGAUUCGUAACUUUCUGGAACUGAUUUAUGAAGGUGUAGCCGUGUAGUAGAUGUAAA